AGCCGGAGCGGUUACCAUGGGGAUCCGAGCGCUCUGGCUGCUGCUGCUCAUCCUGGCCUUGGGGUCCUCGGGCUCUGUCGGGGAGGACCUGGGGCUGGCGGCCAGCCAGUGCGUCAUCCCGGCCCAAGAAAGGGUGGACUGCGGCUACCCCCAGGUCACCGAGGAGGAGUGCAAGAGCAGGGGCUGCUGCUUUGACUCCAGCAUCUUCGGGGUGCCCUGGUGCUUCAAGCCCCUGCAGGACACAGAAUGCACGUUUUGAAGCGCAGCUGCGGCCUGCCGGGUCCCCGGGUGUGAGGCCCCUCCCGCCCUGCUCACCCCGCUUCUCUCUCCCCGCCUCCUGCCUGCUGCGAUCGCCAAACCUAAUGCCUGGAGCCUGAUGUCUAGAGAAUAAAGAACCCGUGCCCGGCACGGACCCUUCAUCACCCCGCCAGUUCCCUUUCUUCCUCGG